CCCCAAACCAAUGGGAGCGGGCCAUGUAGAGAAAGCCGUUCCCCCGAUGGAUUGUGUGUGCUGCGUCUAGCGGCUGAUAAUUGGCUGUCAACGUGUCCGUGCGGUGAGCGGAUUGGUGGCGGCCAGGCCGGUGGGCGGGGUGAGGAAGCCGGACUCGGGGUACCUCGGCGGCGGCCCGCAGGAGCCCGGCAGGAUGGGGCGGCUGGCGCGCCUCGUGCUGGUGCUUUGCGUCGUGGUGCUCUGGGCCUGUGGACUGGCCGCAGCCGAUGAAGAGGGAAAUCAAGACGAGUCACUGGAAUCAAAGACUUUAUCUGCAGAGGACCAGGUAAAGGACCAUUCCACAGGAACUCGGGUGGUAGCAGGUCAGAUUUUCCUUGAGUCAGGGAAAUCAGACUCUCAAUCUGAGGAUGAAGAAAACUUUCACAGUCAAGAGGAGGAAAAAGAGAAUUUACUGGAAGAGUUGAACACUCUAGAAAUGUCAAACCUGUUAAAUAAGGAUUUGGAAGAAGCAGAAGUACAGAGUACAGUUUUGGCAGCUAUUGGAGGCACUGCAGAUGGUGAACCUUGCCACUUCCCCUUUUUGUUUCUGGAGAAGGAAUAUGCAGAGUGUACUGCAGAUGGAAGGGAAGAUGGCAGGCUUUGGUGUGCAACAACCUAUGAUUACAAGAAGGAUCAAAAGUGGGGCUUCUGUGAAACUGAAGAGCAGUCCAAUAAGAGAAGACAGAUGCAAGAAGCUGAGGAUGUUUAUCAGACUGGAAUGAAAAUUCUUAACGAGAGCAGUAAAAAGGCUCAGAAGAAAGAAGCAUAUCAGUAUCUUCUGAAAGCAGCUGACAUGAAUCAUACCAAGGCAAUGGAGAAAGUGUCUUAUGCUUUGUUGUUUGGAGAUUACCUGAAGCAAAGCAUCCAGUCAUCGAAGGAACUAUUUGAAAAACUAACAGAAGAAGGCUCUCCUAAAGGGCAAAUGGCUCUUGGAUUUCUUUAUGCAUCUGGUCUGGGAGUCAAUUCUAGUCAAGCUAAGGCCCUGGUCUAUUACACUUUUGGAGCUUUAGGAGGAAAUCUGAUAGCACAUAUGAUCUUGGGUUACCGAUACUGGGCUGGGAUAGGAGUCCUUCAAAGUUGUGAAUCUGCUCUUACUCACUACCGACUUGUAGCUAAUCAUGUUGCUAGUGACAUUUCUUUGACUGGUGGCACAGUGGUUCAGCGAAUUCGCUUAGCAGAUGAAAUAGAAAAUCCAGGAAUGGCAAGUGGAAUGCUGGAAGAAGACUUGAUCCAAUAUUACCAGUUUUUGGCAGAGAAAGGAGAUGUACAAGCACAGGUUGGCCUUGGACAGUUGCAUUUACAUGGAGGACGAGGAGUAGAGCAAAAUCACCAGCGAGCAUUUGAGUACUUCAAUCAAGCAGCUAAUGCUGGAAACUCUCAUGCCAUGGCCUUUCUAGGAAAGAUGUACUCAGAAGGAAGUGAUGUUGUACCUCAGAGCAAUGAAACAGCUCUUCAGUAUUUCAAGAAAGCUGCUGAUAUGGGUAAUCCAGUUGGACAGAGUGGAUUAGGAAUGGCUUACCUAUAUGGAAGAGGGGUUCCAGUGAACUAUGAGCUAGCCUUGAAGUAUUUCCAGAAGGCUGCAGAACAGGGAUGGGUUGAUGGACAACUUCAGCUAGGUUCCAUGUAUUACAAUGGUAUUGGAGUCAAGAGAGACUAUAAACAAGCUUUGAAAUACUUUAAUUUGGCCUCCCAGGGUGGUCACAUCCUGGCUUUUUAUAAUCUGGCUCAAAUGCAUGCUACUGGCACUGGGGUGAUGCGAUCCUGUCAUACUGCUGUUGAGUUGUUUAAGAAUGUAUGCGAGCGAGGCCGUUGGUCUGAAAGACUUAUGACUGCCUACAACAGCUAUAAAGAUGGUGAUUCAAAUUCUGCUGUGGUUCAAUAUCUUCUUCUGGCAGAACAAGGCUAUGAAGUUGCACAAAGCAAUGCUGCUUUCAUACUUGAUCAGAAAGAAGCUAGCAUAGUAGGAGAAAAUGAAACGUAUCCUCGAGCCUUGCUUCACUGGAAUAGAGCAGCUUCUCAAGGAUAUACUGUUGCAAGAAUUAAACUUGGAGACUACCAUUUUUAUGGUUUUGGCACUGAUGUUGAUUAUGAAACUGCAUUUAUUCACUAUCGACUGGCAUCAGAGCAGCAGCACAGUGCCCAGGCAAUGUUUAAUCUGGGUUACAUGCAUGAGAAGGGAUUGGGCAUCAAGCAGGAUAUUCACCUUGCAAAACGAUUCUAUGACAUGGCCGCUGAAGCAAGCCCGGAUGCUCAGGUUCCUGUCUUCCUAGCACUUUGCAAGCUUGGAGUGAUUUACUCCUUGCAGUAUGUACGAGAAAUCAAUAUCAGGGAAGUAUUCUCACAUAUUGACAUGGACCAGCUGCUGGGGCCUGAGUGGGAUCUUUACCUUAUGACCAUCAUCGCCUUGCUUCUGGGGACAGUUAUAGCUUACAGACAAAGGCAACAUCAGGCAAUUCUCAGACCAGCAGGACUGCGGCCAGCUGUGCCUCAACAAGAACCACCACCAGAGCAUCAACCACCCCAAUAGCAACACGAACCUCAAUGAAAGAACUGGAUUUUUCCAACAGGAAUGAUUUUCAUUGCGAUUUAGGACUUUGGAUUAACGGUUCCUCCCCCAAAAAGAGGUGCAAAGAAGUGGGGAAAAAAGUCUGAAAGCUGCUUAGAAUGAUGCCUUCUUUCAGGGAUAAGAAACUUCCUUUGAAACUGAUUUGAAUGUUAUUUCAGUGCCAAUGGAAUAACACUAUGGCUUUUUUCAUGGAAGCACAAGUGUGCUACUACAAAAAUGUUGCCUGCUGUAUCUAGUUCCUCUUUAUUCAAAGUCCUUUUCAUCUCCUAGAGAGAGCAGAAGACUAGUGUUGGAAGGUUUUGCCUGCCUGAUAGCAGCUGACCUAUUUAAAAAAAAAAAAAAAAAUUAUGGCCAAUUUAAGUCCCAGAAGCUGAAAAUAUUCAAAGUCAAAGAUUAGGGCAAUAUAUACUUACGUUCAGAUCUACAUCCCAAGUAUUCUUACAGUUCUUAUUUUAUUUCUUAGUAUUUCUCACACUUUGCUCUUUUAUGCUGUCUUGGAUGGUUUAACAUGGUUUAUUUAUAAAAUCUCUAAAACUAAGCCAGCAAACAAGUUGCUCUGCCUUUGUGCUUUUGUUGUAAGUAUUUUCCUCCAUUAACCUUGGUGUAGACAGUUGUCAGCAGUCAGUAUGUAGCCCAGGAGGUGGGUUGGGACAGAUUAGGUUUGUAAGGCUAGUCAGUUCAAAACUAUACACACAGUGCCCAGACCUUUCACCUUUCUAAAACUUCUGCAGCUUGUGUGUAACUUGCAAUCCUUCUUGGAAUAAGGACAAAUUGGUAGUGUUCCUAAGUAGCUGAACCUUGCACUUAUGGAGAGGCUGAGUCUAGAUUGCAGAAAUCACCAGUAUUAGCGUGGAUGUUGAAGAAAGGACAGAGGCAGAAGUCAUCUUAGUGAGUCAGUUUACUUUUUUGUUUUUAGAGCUGGGAAGUCUUGAGUUAAAUUAACCAGUCCUAUGAGUGACCUGCACUGCAAGAAGAUGUUUGUGCAGCUGAAAUGGAUGUGAUAUCUUAUUCAUGCACCUGUUUUAUGCCCAAGUGGCAAACUCUCUAUCAAGGGGCAUGGACUUAUGCCAGUAAUACUAAAGUGUGGCUGACUGGUUUAAAAAAUAAAAAUAAACAAAUAACCACCCUAGAUUGCAGCAGUGCUCUGGCUCUGGCCUACUUCUCUUGUCCUUGGCAUAUAUUGGAGGGCCAGAAUGACAUUCCUGAAUGGCUGUGCCAUCUGAAAAUCCCUUGCAACAAGAAAAUCCAAAGAGACGGGAGACUAAUUGUCUAUGGCCUCUUGAUAUAUCACCAGGUCAGUGCAGAGGUCUUCUAAUGGGAGUAAAGAAAUGACCUGUGGAUUGAUGUUUUUUUAGACUGCGGUAAGUCUUGACUUAGUAGCUAUUUUUCAUUGAAACAUAAUUCGGGGUGGGGGGGAGUAGCUUUGAGGGCAAGAAAUAUGGAUGUUUCUGUUCCUGUCCAAUGACAGUUAAAUAUUUGUUUCUGUGUUAGCAUUAAACCCUCUCUGAAUAUGCUGUCUUAAAGCAGAAUGAAAUAUGAAUGGGGAGGUCUUACCUGCUUUCUGACAAAAUCUGUUGUGUUUAAAGGGUUACAGGCUUCCUUUCAUGCACAAGCUUUUUUCCAGUGGAUUGGCAGCAACAUAUCAAUAUGCUGUAGAACUGAGAUGUCUGUAUGGUUUUAUACUUAAUGCAUUUAUAAGGAGACCAUUGCACAAUAUAUCUGUAGCUUGGGAACAAGGAUAAGAAAUCUAAUCUUUUGGAAACUGAAAUGUCAUCAAUGACUAGUAUUAAAAUAUAGGUAGAGCUUCUCAGUACUUCACAGUGCUUAUGCCGGUUAUGUGCAGACAAAUCUUUCAUUUUAGUUUGGAGGGAUGCAGCAUGUAAUAGAGGAAUGUCGUGUUUCAGUCCCGAUCAUCAUUAGCAAAUGGAACAGUAUUGAACUUAAAUAUAGUGUCUAAAAUGUACAGCACUCUCCAGCUGCAUUUCCAAGAUGUCUGUGACUUCUGAACACUUCCUCUGAAGUAUUUUUACCUCUGUCACUUAAUAGUUCUUUUUAGCUCAGCAUGAAUAAAUUAAUUGUAUGGAAGCUGUUUUCCAGUUAACUACCAUUGGUUCAUUAGUAUUGGUCUCUUAGGAUGUUUAACAAUUUUGUUCCUUUCUUAAUCUUAAAGUUGUUUUUCUUGUGUUUAAUCUACUAUAACUAAAUUCUAAAAACUCUAUCCUACUUGCAUGAGAAUCUCUCAUCCUUGCUGCUAUGUGAGAGUCUUAUAGCUGACUUUUCACUGAACUGUUGCAUUUUACAUCCAAGAAAUCAGCAAAAAAAUGAAGAUCAGCAAGUUGUUUCACUUUAAAGAACUGCUUUUUGAAGAAGCAAUAAGGAAGUCCUCCUCCUGUUCUUUCCCUUCCCACCAAAUUGCUACCACUUUAACUUUUUCAGAUGGCAUUAAUUUGAAGUGUGGUAGUAGUAGAAAGGUACUUACCAUGAGUAAUAGCAAGUUCACUCAGGGAUUAAAGAAGUGAAUACAUUUUCUAAAUCUGUCUAGAACAUAGGUUUUUCUGACAAUCCCUUGCUAGUCUAUUUGAAACUUGCAUUUUGAGGGAAGCAUAUGUAACUCUUACUAGCAAUACAUUUCUUGUGUUGUGCACUCAGUUUAUCAAACAGCUUUUUUUUCCUAUGGGAACUGGGUGGUUCAGUUUACUGGAGUGAAGUACUUUUCCCUUCUAGUAGCGCAGACAUUGUCUUAUACUUUAUAUGCAGGAGUAGUCCAGAGGGGAAACUAUUCAAGGGAUUCCUUCCUAGGAAUGUGCAGUGUGAUUUGAAUGGAAGAAUUGUGUUCUUUGUUGGUAGUAACACAAGCUGGAGCCUGCCUGUUUGACCUUCCUAAACACAUCCUCCUCUCUCUGCAUGGAGAAUGGAACAAGAGAGCAGUAACUGUUGUCAGUAGGAGCUCUGCAUGUAGAAAAAGGGUGGAAAGAUUUGAGGGGAAAACAUUGUUCAGCAUCUCAAAUUAAUAAUCAAACACAUCAGCUGUUCUUGCAGUUUGAAAAAUAACAUUGAACUGUUGUGAAAACAGGAUUCUAGUUCUUCCCUCUGGUGCAAUUUGACCCAGAGCUUAGUCUGUUAAUACUUUUCCUUGCUUUAUAUUGUCCAUCAUAGGACAGUUAAAUGGAAGAUACGGCCUUUGAUUAUAAAUAUCCCAAUGAGACUCUUGAGACAAUUUCACUUGCUUUUUAGUUAUCUUCUGUAAGGCAUCAGCUGUUCUUUGAUUAAAUUUGCAAGAAAAAAAAUCUAUAAAACAUGUUAUUCUCUUUGGAGAAGAAUAUUAAAACAUGGCUGUGAAAGGACUUUUAAGACUAUGCAUUAUCUAGUUUCCACCUAUUAUAUGCUAGGCUUGGCCUAUAAAAGAAUUAUUACAGGGGUUUACACUCACCUUUUCAAGUUGCUUCCUUUUUAGAUAGGCAACAAACUGAAAUUCUAUUUUUGUUUCAGAGAAUAUUGAAUUAAGAUUUAGUUUGAUUUGAGAACUACUGCAAAUGCAUAUGGCAAAUAGGGAUUAUUGGGGGAACCCUUUGUUUUUAUCAGCUGCAGUUCUUAAAAGGAUAUUGUAGGAGUUUUGUAAAUUUAUUUUGUAUUUAAAAAUCAGUAUAAAGGCUGGUCAAAUGUAAUAUAAUUGUGUAAACAAAUUCUGUUAAUAGAAAGAUGUACAGAUUCAUUUUGUACUGUAUCUUUAAUCUUGUGAAAUAAAGAUACCACGUGUGUGGUUACCCUCAGUGUUCACAGUG